AUGGCCCUUCCCAAGACCAUGCAGGCGGGCCAGUGGGACCCAAAGCUGAACAAGGUGGUGGUCAACGAGGUGCCGGUGCCGACGCCCGGCCCCAACCAGUUCCUGGUCAAGAUCAAGAGCGCGUCGCUGUGCCACAGCGACCUCAUGAACAUGGAACGCGCCGCCUGCGACUAUCCGGUGACGAUUGGCCACGAGGGCGUCGGCCACAUUGUGUCGUUCCACCCGUCGGCCGAGGGCAAGGGCUUCCAGACGGGCGACGCCGUCGGCUUCGGCUACUUUGUCGACUGCUGCUUCGAGUGCGAGGGCUGCAUGGUGCACAACGCGCACUGCCAGCUGGGCACGGCCAGAAUCCAGGGCUUCAACGCGGACGGCUUCUUCGCCGAGUACGCCGUCGUCGACUACCACAACGGCAUUGUGCUGGACGAGGCGGCGUGGGACCUGCGCACGGCGUCGGCCAUGUUCUGCGCGGGCAUCACGGCCUUCAACUCGGUCGACUCGUGCGCGGCCGCGGCCGGCGAGUGGCUGGCCGUGGUCGGCUGCGGCGGCCUGGGCCAGCUGGCCACGCAGUACGCCAAGGCCAUGGGCCUGCGCGUCAUCGGCAUCGACGUCGCGGACGCCAACCUCGCGGAGACGCGCAAGCAGGGCGCCGAGGUCACGUUCAACUCGCGCACGAACCCGCACUACAUCGACGAGAUCAAGGCGCUGACGCGCGGCGGCGCCCACUACGCGGCCGUGUACACCAACGUGCAGCCGGCGUUUACGAGCGCGCCCCAGGUGCUGCGCAUCGGCGGCACGCUCAUGGUCGUGGGCAUUGCCCCCCAGCCGCUGGCGGUGACGGCGAUGGAGCUGGUGCUCGGCGUGUACAAGAUCAAGGCCGACAGCACGGGCAUCCCGCAGCGGAUCCCCAAGGCGAUUGCGUUCUCGGCCAAGCACAACAUCCGCCCCGUGGUGGACGUGCGCGGCGGCCUGGACAAGCUGGAGGGCAUGGUGCAGGAGAUGAUGGAGGGCCGCAACACCAUGCGGACGGCGGUUGUGUUCGAGUAG